GAGAAGUGGGCGCCGCCUGGUCGCUUCUGCGCGCUCUCGACCGCGGCGGGAUAAAUGCCGGAUUUGGGGCGGCUCGCUUUAGUCGCUGGAGCCGAGCGGUGGGAGGACGCGGAGCUGCAGCAGUAGCCUUUUCUCCGGCCGCUUCGAGGUGAGAUUGUUCUAGAUUGGAACCAUGUAUUGGCAUUUUCCUCUCCUCUUUGCUGCCUUGAUUUCAACCUAUGCGUGCUUUCCUCAAAAUCAUUUGUCACUCGAGGAAUUGGGAUCGGACAUUGGAAUCCAAGUUUUCAAUCAGCUGGUCAAAACCAGAGCUGGCGAUAAUGUUGUGGUUUCUCCACAUGGAAUUGCAUCAGUGCUUGGGAUGCUUCAGCUAGGAGCAGACAGCAAGACAAAGAAGCAGCUGACUACAGUGAUGAGAUACAGUGUAAAUGGAGCUGGUAAAGUAUUGAAGAAGAUAAACAAAGCUAUUGUCUCAAGGAAGAAUAAGGAUAUUGUUAAAAUUGCAAAUGUAGUUUUUGCAAACAGUGGGCUGAAAAUGGAAGCACCUUUUAUUUCUAGAAACAGUGAAGUGUUUCAGUGCCCUGUCAAAAAUAUAAAUUUCAAGGAUCCGAAUGCUGCUUCUGACACUAUGAACCAGUGGGUCAAAAAUAAAACUGAGGGUAUGAUCGACAGUGUCCUAACCCCAGGUGAUAUUGACAGUGCUCUGACCAGACUAGUAGUGAUAAAUGCAGUAUAUUUUAAGGGAUUGUGGAGGUCCCGAUUUCAACCUGAAAACACAAAAAAGCGAACAUUCAAUGAAGGAGAUGGAAAGACUUAUCAAGUGCCUAUGCUGGCUCAGUUGUCAGUGUUCCGAUGUGGCACAACCAGCACUCCUAAUGACUUGUGGUAUAAUACUAUAGAACUGCCAUAUCACGGUGAAAGUAUUAGCAUGUUGAUUGCUUUGCCUGCAGAAAGUUCAACUCCCUUGUCUGCUAUUAUUCCUCAUAUUAGCACAAAAACUAUACAGAGUUGGAUGACAACUAUGGUUCAAAAGAGGGUACAGGUCAUUUUGCCCAAGUUUACAGCAGAAGCAGAAACAGAUUUAAAAGAACCUCUCAAGGAACUUGGUAUUCGAGAUAUGUUUGAUCAAUCAAGGGCAAACUUUGCGAAAAUAACAAGAUCAGAAAACAUUUAUGUAUCUCAGCUCUUGCAAAAAGCAAAAAUUGAAGUAAGUGAAGAUGGAACGAAAGCUUCUGCAGCAACAACUGCAAUUGUAACAGCUCGAUCAUCACCUCCUUGGUUUGUAGUGGAUCGACCAUUUUUAUUCUUCAUACGGCACAACCCUACAGGUGCUGUUUUGUUUAUGGGACAAAUCACCAAACCUUGAGUACAGGAAGAGAUUCUUUUCUUCUGAAGAAAACUAAAGAUUGAUGCCUUUGUACUGUUUAAAUAUUUUUGUACCCUGUUUUUCAGCUCUGAACUAGCUUUGGAAACGUUGGUCAUCUAGUUUGGGGGGAAAAAAAACCUUAAGUAGCUGGAAUUCUUUAUGGAAGAAUAAAAUGCCUUUUUGAAAACAUUGUAAAGUUCCUUAAAACUACUGAUUAGCUCUCUGUGCUAACAACUUUUGAAAAUUCGUUGUUCUAUUUCAUAUUGUUUUUAAACCAAGUUGAAAUUAAAGGGACAAGUCCGAUUUUGGUUUGGGUUGGAUUUGCUUAUGCCUUUCUUCUACUACAAUUCAGUAGUUGGAUGAGGCGUUUGUCAUUAGAAAGCAACUGAAAGCUUUAGCAUUUUUUUUUAUUUUAGAUUGUGCAUGUUGCUGAGUUUUAAACAACUAAUGUUCCAAUUAAUGCCUUUACAUUGGUGUAAUGUAAACUUGUCAUUGCUAGUAUACACAUUCUAUAGAUUUAAAUUUUAUAUUUUUUGUACAAAGGAAAAUAAAAUCAUAAUGAACAGU